AUGGACCUCACAGAGUACGGCUCUGCCUGGAUAUGGCACCCCGACUGGAUCGACAACAGGCCCGACGCUGCUGGCGGAUUCUUGUACUUUCGUAAGACUCUGAGCAUCUCUGAUGUUCCGAGCCGGCCUGUCUACAUCAAUCUCACGGCAGACACGCGCUACAAGCUGUACAUCAACAAACGACUGGUCCACUCCGGUCCUGUCAAGGGAGACGAGAACCGGUGGUUCUACGACACCAUAGACAUCCGACCCUUUCUUCAACAGGGGCAGAACCAAGUCGUCAUCCAUGUUCUACGGUUCUUCUAUGCCACCACGUACGCCACAUCUUUUCCGCGCAUGCCGAUUGGAGGCCUGUACGUGAGAACCAUCGAUCCAGCCAGCGAGGCCCAGCUGAACGGUGACGACACGUGGGAAACCGCCGUCGAUGUCUCGGCACUCCUCAGGAGCGACGAGCCUUUCGACCUCUUCUUGCACAUCUUUGAGCAGGUGGACCGGCGCAAUGAUGUGCACCUCUCAUGGACAUCUGCGAAGGGGCUGGAUAUCCAGGAAGACUGGGGUGUGAUGCUGCCGUGGCGGCUCUGCGCCCGGAUGAUACCACCAAUGAAUCUGGAGGACGUCCAGUUCAACGCCGUCAACAACGUCCAGCGCCCUAUUGGACAGGCCGAGUGGGAAUCUUUGCUGUUGCGGCGCUCGUGCGCGGCGAACCCAACUCAAAGCCUCCGUCUGCCGUCUGGAUCGAAGCAUCACGUCGAACUGGCCGUUGAGAACCAUACGACGGCAUUCCUCACACUCCGGUUUGCGUCUGAAGAAGCUUCGGCCGGGAGUAAGCUUUCCAUCACGUAUUCCGAAUGCUACGAGGAUGAUCCGGUCGUCGUACCCUUCGCGCGACGCAAGGGUGACCGCACCGACAAGUCCAAGAAAAUUGUAGGACCUUCGGACAGCUAUAUUCUCGGGGGCUUGGCUACGAGUCUCGACCUUCACCCCAUGGCGCCCGAGGAGGAGGUGUACCAGCCUUUCCACUAUCGCACUUUCCGCUACCUCGCCAUAGACAUCGAGGUACCCGAGGAUGCCGAGGUGCACGUCAAAGGGGUCGAAGUCGUCGGAUACGGCUAUCCACUCGCUCCUAAAGCCAGCUUCGACACCGGCGAUGACUGGGUGUCGAAGUUGUGGUCUGUCAGCCUGCGUACUCUCCAGAACUGCAUGCACGACUGCUACGAAGACUGCCCGUUCUACGAGCAGAUGCAGUAUCCCAUGGACACUCGGAGCUCCGCGCUCUUCACCUACUUAUCCUCAGGUGACGACCGGCUGGCUCGCCAGGCCAUCGUUCAGCUUCACGACAGCUUCGUGCCGUCGGUCGGCUUGACGUCGUCUCGGUCGGUGUCGUCCGUCAUGCAGAGACAGUUCAUCCCGGCCUUUUCGCUGUACUGGAUCUGCAUGGUCGUCGACCACUUCGAACACCACGCAGAUGCCGCGUUCGCGCGCAGGUUUCUCGGCGUGAGCGACGCCAUCAUCGAGACCUUUUCUUCGCGUAUCGACGCAGAGCUCGGCCUGGUCCGCGCCUUCAACAACGCAUUGUGGGAGUACACCGAUUGGACCACCAGGUGGGCGCCCCAGGGGAUCCCGACGGCGCUGCGGCGGACUGGCGUAUCGACGUACACCAACUGUCUUUUUGUAUUUGCUCUGAAGAAGCUGGCAUGGCUCUGCGACAAGGUCGGCCGAGGUGCCGAAUCGCGUCGUUACGAGGACGCGGCGGGAACGAUCGUGAGAGCAGUCCGCGCACAUUGUUUCGACGGCGAAUUCUUCACCGACGGACUUGCCCUCGAGCUCGUCCCGGCCGAGGAGUUCAGCCAACACAGCCAGGUGUGGGCGGUGCUGGCCGGCGUGGCGACGGGUGAGCUCGCGGUGACGAUCCUGGAGCGAAGCCUGGCGCAGGUCGACACUUCCGCGCCACAAGACGUCGCUCCGGAGGCGAUCUCCGCGCGGCGGCUCUUCACCCCGACGUCCAUCUCCUUCUCAUUCUACACACUCCGAGCUCUGGCAGCGGCAGGAGAUGAGGUAUACAACAAGAACUUCCACUCGUUCUGGUCGAUUUGGAGAGAGCAAAUCGCGCAAAACCUCACGACGUGGGCAGAGGAUGCCGUCAGCGUCCGUUCCGACUGCCAUGCAUGGGGCAGUGCGCCUAUCCACGAGUUUCUGGUCGAAGUUGCCGGCAUCCGGCCUGCGCAGCCGGGUUGGUCUGUCGUGAUGUUCAAGCCUCGGCUAUCUCUUUCCCCACGGCUCAAGGCAUCAAUACCAGUCCGGACUUCCAAGACCACCGCGAUAUUGGAGGUCAGCUGGGAGAGGACCAGCAAGGGGAGAAAAGAAGAAGCCUACGUCGUCAACCUUCGGUGUUCCUUCCGAGAGGCAUCAGCAGCCAGUUUCCUGCCAGUUAUGGUUUGCCUACCAGGCCGAGAACCGCAUACUAUAGAAGUACAUAGCUCCAAGACCCUUACUAUAAAGCUCCCUUAA